AUGCAAAUGAACGCACUCAACUCGCCCCUCCUUCGUCUUCCGGCUGAACUCAAAAACGCCAUCUUCGCCUACGUCUUCAGCGACAACGUGUACCUAUUCAACGGCACCACCGCGUAUCUCGACAAGACCACUUCCAUAACUUCAUUCGACGAGAACGACCUGGGCGUGCUCGUUGCGUCGAGCCAGCUGCAUGCCGAGACAUCCCUACUUCCAUACCACCUCGCUUUGUUCCAGUUCAAGUUCAGAGUUUCCAAGGUCGAGUGGUCAUACUGUGUGGAGAGGUUCGUGAAGAACAGAACUAAAGAACAAGAGCUAGCCAUGGACAAGAACAUGAUGGUCAGCCACUUCGGGAAUGAACGCCGAAAUGGGCAGAUUCUCGCGGUCAGCGAUGCGGGUAUGGGAUAA